CCUGAUGAGCCUGUCAGACUAAACUCAGGGCACACGUUCAUGGGACACGUUGACGUCAUUGCUGACGUCACCUUCCUACUAGUGACUGCUGCUAUCAAGAUGGCGCUGCGGCCGGGAUCUGGGGGAGGCAGCAGCUUCAUGUAUCCUGUCGGAGGGGGCCUGGGACCUCCACAGGGCAUGGUGCCCAUGCAGCAGCAACAUCAACAGCAGCAACAUCAACAGCAGCAGCAUCAACAGCAGCAGCAGCAGGGCUUCCCGAUGGUCCCAGUCAUGCAGCCCAACAUGCAGGGAAUGAUGGGAAUGAACUUUGGGGGACAGAUGCCUCCCGGCACCAUCCCAAUGCAGGGAGGAAUGGCGAUAGGAAUGCAGACCGCCGGGAUGCCAUUCUUGGGUCAGCCACAGUUCAUGGGCAUGAGAGCUCCUGGACCUCAGUACACCGUAGACAUGCAGAAACAAAUGGCCGAGGAGCACCAAAAACGCCUGGAGCAGCAGCAGAAGAUGCUGGAGGAAGACAGAAAAAGAAGGCAGUUUGAGGAGCAGAAACAGAAGCUGAGGCUGCUCAGCAGCGUCAAACCCAAGACAGGAGAGAAGAGUCGAGACGACGCUUUGGAGGCAAUCAAAGGCAACUUAGAUGGAUUCAGCCGAGACGCCAAAAUGCACCCCACUCCAUCGUCACAGACAAAGAAAGCAGACUCAUCGCCAUCUCACCCGUCUGUCACCACUCAUUCCCUCCCCCCAGCUUUGUCCGAAGACAAUGAUGAAUUUAGUGACUUUCAGGGGCCCGUAGACACCCCUGCCCCCUUCCCUCCACUUUCCUCCUCUACCUCCACCUCUGGCCUCCCUGUUCUGGCCCAAUCUUCACCCUCUGCCCCAAAACAUUUAGCUGAGGAUGAAGAUGAAUUCAGUGACUUUGUCCACGGACCUGUAAACACUUUCUCUUCCUCAAACUUACACUUCUCCUCUCAAGUUCAAGUCCAGCCAUCAUUCCUUUCCUCACAAUCCCACCCUGCCUCUGUGCCCAUUCCCACUGCCACCCAACACUCUGCUGUCAACACCAGCUCCCAAUCUACAUUUCAAGGCCCAUCCCUGGAAGAGAAGCUGUUCUCCUCAUGCGAUCUUACCGCUGAUAAAACGGCCCAGGUUAGCUUUAAAUCUAAGCUAAGUUUGGCCCAGAUGGCUCCUAGAACCAAAGUCUCAUCCCAGUUUCAAGCUUGUCUGAAAGCGAGGAACUGGGAUGCGGCUCCCGAGGACCUGAGUUCCGCCUUCGUCAAAGAAAAUCCAGCUGAAGCCCCGUCGUCUCCACCCACCCAGCCCCCACCAGCUGCUGGCCUGUCCCCUCAAACCAGUAGUGACAGUGCAGGUGUUGGUGUGUACCCACAACAAGAGCACAUCCAGUCCAUGCCGCCAGCCUGGCUGUACAACGACAGCCUCAUCCCAGAAAUGUUCAAGAAGGUUCUUGAGUUCACAAUGACCCCCGCAGGGAUAGACACGGCCAAGCUCUACCCAAUAUUAAUGUCAUCAGGUCUGCCCAGAGAAGCACUUGGGCAAAUCUGGGCAUCGGCCAACCGCACAACACCUGGCAUGCUGACCAAGGAGGAGCUGUACACUGUACUCGCACUAAUUGGUGUGGCACAGAGCGGCCUUCCAGCAAUGAAUGUGGAAAUCCUUGGUCAGUUUCCCUCUCCACCUGUUCCCAACCUGCCGGCCCUAGCCAUGGCCAUGGCUUCUGUCAUGCCCCAGCACCAGCAGCCCAUGAUGACUCAGCCCCCAGUCUCCAUGCCCAUACCCACACCAGCACCUCCUGUCAUGGCCAUGACAUCCACGGCUCCAGCCCAGCCAUCUGCAAACACAAACUUCAUAGCCAGUUUCCCUCCCGCACAGGCGGCCAAAACUGACGACGACGACUUCCAGGACUUCCAGGAGGCUCCCAAAGCCGGGGUAGGAGACCAGACCUUCACUGACUUUCAGGGAGAGUCGGGAGGAAAUUUCCCCAGCAACACGUCACACCAGCACCAGAACAGCACGCCCGCCAUGCUGACUCCAAUGUCCGGUUCUUCGUCCGUUACGUCUUCUGAUAAAUACGCUGCGUUCAAGCAGCUGUCUGUGGAUCAGCCUGCAGAGCCUACACCCCCUCCCUCAGACCAUGGAGAUAAAUACAGUGUGUUCAGGCAGCUGGAGCAACCUGCGGGCAAGAAACCAGGAGGGGAUGGAUUUGCAGAUUUCAAGCCCGUUGGCGCUGACGACGGCUUCACAGACUUCAAAACCGCCGACAGCGUCUCUCCACUAGACCCUCCAGAUCAGGCUAAGAUUUUCCAACCUGCUUUCCCCUCUGCUUUUCCAAACUCUCAGUCUUUACAACAAAUCCCACCGCAGCAGCAGCAGCCGGCCAUGUCCGUUUCACAGCCCAGAAACCCCCUCAACAUGGCCGACCUAGACCUUUUCUCUUCUAUGGCUCCCUCUAUUCCUGCCCCCAGCGACACAAAACCCAGCACACUCCCCCCCAUCUCUGCGCCCCCCUCUCUGGUGCUUCUUCCUGGUGGAGCCAAACCCUCAGGGGGAGGAGCAGAUGAUUUUGGGGACUUUGCCCUCUUCGGCGCCUCCUCGGACACCACCCAGGCUUCGGCAGCAGGAGGAGCUGCAGCAGCACCUCAGGACGACUUUGCAGACUUCAUGGCGUUCGGCAGCUCCGGCGGAGAGCCCAAAGGCGGGAGCAGCUCGGGGGUCCAGAGCGAGACCUCCUCACAGCAGCAGCCUCAGCCCACCUCAGACAAGUACGAUGUGUUCAAACAGCUGUCUCUGGAAGGAGGCCUCAGCUACGACGACACCAAGGGCAGCGGGGGCGGCUCCUUCUCCUCUCUCAAGAGCGACACCGACGACUUCGCUGACUUUCAGUCCUCUAAGUUCUGCACGGCCCUCGGGGCCUCGGAAAAGACUCUUGUGGACAAGGUGGCAGCUUUCAAACACGGCAAGGAUGACUCGGCCUCCGUGAAGUCCCUGGACCUGCCGUCCAUCGGCGGGAGCAGCGUGGGGAAGGACGACUCGGAGGACGCGCUCUCAGUGCAGCUGGACAUGAAGCUGUCAGACAUGGGCGGAGACCUGAAGCAUGUGAUGUCAGACAGCUCUCUGGAUUUGCCAGGUCUCUCGGCCCACCAGCCCCCUGCUACAGAAGGAGACGACAUGAAAUUUGACCCCUUUGGGACAUCCGCCCUCAGCACCCUGGCCAGCUAUGACUGGUCCGACCGGGAGGAAGGGGCUCCGGGCGAGGUCAGGAGGCCGCCGGCUUCGGAAAGAGCCUCCCUCCCAUCUUUAGUUCCGUCUCAGAGGACGGAGCUGAGCUUUGGCAGCAGUGAAAACAUUCCCAGCAGCUCCAUAAAGAUCCUCGCCGAGGAAUCUGCGGAGGAAAAAUUUGAGCGCUUCGCCGACUUUGGCUCCGGCGACGGGUCCGGCGGUGUCGACGACGAGGACGAUUUCGGGGACUUCGCCAGCACCGUGUCGGAGAAGUCCGACUCCCCCGCCGCCACAGCCUCAGAGGGAACCCAGAGCGAGGCCGCCGAUGAGUUUGGCGCCUUCCAGGGGGACAAACCCAAGUUUGGCAAAUCAGACUUCCUCAAAGCCAGCAGUCAGGCCAAAGUCAAGUCCAGCGAGGAGAUGAUCAAGAACGAGCUGGCCACCUUUGACCUGUCUGUUCAAGGCUCCCACAAACGCAGUCACAGUUUGGGUGAGAAGGAGAUCGGGCGGUCGCCGCCCUCUCCUGCUCCAGAGCAGCCUUUCAGAGACCGGUCCAACACUCUGAACGAGAAGCCUGCCCUGCCGGUCAUCAGGGACAAGUACAAAGACCUAACUGGAGAGGUGGAGGAGAGUGAGCGCUAUGCGUACGAGUGGCAGAGGUGUCUGGAAAGUGCCCUGGAGGUCAUCACCAAAGCCAACAACACCCUGAACAGCAUCAGCAGCUCCUCUGUCUGCACCGAGGUCAUCCAGUCCGCUCAGGGCAUGGAGUACCUGCUGGGAGUGGUGGAAGUGUACCGCGUGACCAGGCGAGUGGAGCUGGGCAUCAAGGCGACGGCGGUGUGCUCGGAGAAGCUCCAGCAGCUGCUGAAGGACAUCAGCCGCGUGUGGAACAACCUCAUCGGCUUCAUGUCGCUGGCCAAGCUCACACCUGAUGAAAGCUCCCUAGAUUUCUCCUCCUGUAUUCUGAGGCACGGCAUAAAGAACGCCAAAGAGCUGGCGUGUGGAGUUUGUCUACUCAACGUUGACGCCCGCAGCAAGAACAAAGACGGAAGCGCUAUUGGACGUCUGUUUAAACGAGCUUUCAACUCCGAGACGGACAACUUCAAGCUGAUGUACGGGGGCCACCAGUACCACGCCAGCUGUGCCAAUUUCUGGAUUAACUGUGUGGAGCCCAAACCUCCGGGCCUCAUCCUGCCCGACCUGCUCUGAGCUGCCAUGGCAACGCCGCCGGGACUAAUUAGCAUCAGACAGGCGGAGCGGCCGGUCGCCUCACGCCGAGGUCAGCAGAAGGACGUUUUCUAGUCACUGGAUCCAGCUCCUGGUUGCUGUGGUUUCCACGCAGGUGAACGGGGCUGUCCGUCCACAGCCCUGUGCACUGAGGUCAAAUUUAAAUCUACUACUAAUGCUGCUUGAUGUUCUUAUCACUUCAGAGUCGGUUGGUAUUCCAAAAAUGAGGAAGGCUAAGAGUCCUAUUUAAACUAUUAGGUGUGCAAUAUCAUUUAAAAACACUGGAGGAGGGCUCGCGUGAGCAUCUGGAGUUUUAAACGUCUUUAUUUCUUUGCUUCUGUUUGAAUUUUAUUCGUGUCUCCCCUCGCUGCCCGUGAGGCAGACAUGUUGAAUCGUAAGUCAAAUAUUGUACUUGAACUACUUUCUCGCGGCGGGUCUGUUUGAUGAAACUCGGAGGCUGUUAUGAUUUUAAUAUCUUUUAAAAAAUUCAGAUUCACUGCUGUGCUUCAAGACAGUUGUCUUUUUAUGCAUUCUGUGAAAGUAACUGCUCUGAAUGUCUUUUGCACUGUCGGGAAGGCAAUUUAUCAUCUUUUGAGGUAUUACAGUUGUAUUUUAUAGAUAUUUGGGGGUGGGGGGGUGAACAGUCGGGGCUUGCAGAAAAUAAUGUUGACGUUUUUUCUGAAUUGAAGUGAACAGAUUUAAAAGUCUGGCAGAAGUUGACUUUGGGAAUAAACUUACAGCUGAUUUUUCUGUAUAUUACAGUGUUAUGCUGUAGCGAUGUAAUUAUCACCAACUGUAAUGUGAAUGUGGAAAAAAUAAAUAAGUGUGCUUAUGG